CCAACAACAAGCUUCACUUUUUUUAAACGUCACUUGCCGCCUGUCGCUUUCACUACAAUAAAUACUCGGCAACUUUGCCUUCUUAUCCUCGCCCUCACCACAUGAAGCGGCCCCACAACACGUCUCCACCUCAACCACUUGCCAGUCGCUCGCGUUGCUGCCAUGUCGGGCUUUUUUGAAAACAUCCCCAAGCUCCCCCAUCCAACACGAAUCCAGGAUCCUCCGAGUCCGAGGUACGCACCGCACCGCCCUUGAUACUUUGGCAGUAUCAACAUAUUGAGAUGUACCAUGGAGACGCCUGCUAACUCAUGAACGAUUUCCAGGACACAUCGAGCACUGCGCAGACUGCAAUCAGCACACAAUCUAGGUCAAUCCAACAACUCCCAACCCUCGUUAAUUACACAACAACAUAAACAAGCCCUGCAACGAGCUCAAACCCCCACCGGCACCACCUCUACCCAUCAACAACAUAGUCGAGUGAGGUCCAAUAGCGAUGCGACAAACAUGACACCCCCAAUGAUGGCUGCUGCGGGUAGGAGACCAGUACCAGUCAAGAGGUCUAGUGCCUCUGACGCCCUUUCUCUGGACAAAUUGAUACGCGAUGGGCCUCCGGAUGGUGAUAUACAUGCCGCAUUAGACAGCACAAGAAUAAAGAUAUUAGGCCAAGGGAUUAAAAGUGAUUCCGAUGGCAUGGUGAGUGUUCUGUGAUUCUCCUAGAGAUACAAUGCUAAUUGUCUCAGUCCGCUCUGCGCAUCUAUGUCUGGCUCAUCCUCCUCAAUGCGCCUGUUCUAGAAACCGAUUCUUACCUCGCCCUCAUUCACCGAGGUGCCUCUCCAGCCUACUCCAAAAUCCGCAACGACACCUUCCGAACCCUCGCUACCGAUCCGCUUUUUCGCCGUCGAGUCAGCGAAGCAAGUCUCAUUCGUCUCCUCAAUGCCGUAGCAUGGAAAUUACAUGAUGCAAAAGAAGAGCGAGCCGCCAGUCUGGCAAAGGCUGCGACAGUUAUGCAUACUGCGAGUAGAGAAGGAAGUCCCAAAAUGCAAAGUAAAUCAAGAUCGCGAGCUCUAACCUUAACCACUGAAGGUUCAGAUGCAGGAGGUUCAGAACCAGGAACAUACGUCCAAGGAAUGAAUGUUCUUGCAGCUCCCUUCCUUUACGCAGCACGUAGCGAAGCCGAAGCUUUCGCCGCAUUCCAUAAAUUCAUCACCAUCGAAUGUCCAGGUUAUGUACGAGGAGCUAUGGACGGAGUACAUAAAGGAUUAGCUCUCGUGGACAAAGUUCUCGCUAUCGUGGAUCCAAAACUGAAUUUAUAUCUUAUUGGAAAGGGGAUGAGUGCUGAGAUUUACGCCUUCCCUUCGGUUCUUACUCUCUGUGCUUGCACUCCGCCUUUGCCACAGGUUUUGAGACUCUGGGAUUUCUUGUUUGCGUAUGGGGCGCAUUUGAAUAUUUUGUGUAUUGUGGCUCAAUUGGUCAUUUUGAGAAAUUCCAUUUUGAGUUCGCCUAGGUAUGUUUCUAUUUUCUUGAUUUCUAGUCCCUUGUGAGGAAGUUGGGAUCUUGCUGAUUGUUGUAUUUAUAGUCCUACAAAGAUCCUCAGAUCAUUCCCUCCCUUGGUCGCAGAGACGAUCAUCGAAGUCACUCUUUCCAUUGUCAAAAAGAUUCCGGAUGAUGUUUUUGCUGAGAUUGUAUCUCAUGCCAAGUAAAAGUCUAUAAAACACAGGCGUUGGGUUUUCAUGAAUCAAGAAUGUAUGGUGAUGAUGGUAUUGGCGUUUCUGGCUGAUUCAGUUUGGGGGGAUUGAUGAUGAUUUCAACGCGUUUGUGAUGAAGGCGCAUUGAAAAAGUGGUUAUGGCUUAUGGCGUACCUGAGAAGGGAAAAGAAAAGGCAAGGCGUUUUGAGGUUUCCACUCAUGAGGAAUGGACUCGGAAUGGAUAUUAUGAUUUGGGAUUGGGUUUGCGUGGGUAUGAGUGUGGAUGGGCAGGUGGAGUAUGUACUUUACAGUAGAUGAAAUCAUGAUAAUGCACACAAAAACAU